AAAACGGAAGGAAGAAGGCUAGCGUUCAAUUCCCUCAGGCUAACGAUGGCCGACAUGCAUAGCGAUAGUUCCUGUUUCAGAGUUGUGCAUACGAGUUUAGGAUCAAACUAUUAAUAAUAAAUCAAGUCACAGUCGUUGUCAACAAGCAAGGGAACGUGGACAUCUAGAAGACGCUUUGGUGUCAACAAUGUUUAUGCCUGGUACCACCUUUUCAGCGCAGUGACAAUCGGCCUGUCCAAAAGCCGAAACCAAUGAGCUCAUCUGACUGUGAUACAGCCAAUCUCUGUCAAAUGGGUGUAAAACAGUACGCCUGGCAGAUGUAACCCGAACCAUGAUGCUGCAGGGGCCGUAUGGUGGCCUGGAUAAGGACAAGCCACUCAUCCGGCUUCCAUUCACACAUUUUGCGGUUGGCACAGUGUUGCUGGCUCUGACCGGUUUGUUAGCCUGCCUGGCCUUAUCACUACUGUACCACUUUGAGGAAUCAACCUAUACACACUGUCAUGUACCAAACUACCUCCCGUCCAUCAGCGCGUCCAUCAGCCUGGUGCCGGAGCGUUACAUCUGGCGCUGCUGCAUCGGCCUACACUCGGCGCCGCGCUACCUCGUGGCCCUCGCCUACUUCAGCUUCUACUGGGGGCGCUUUGCGAGGAGGCGGCUGGAGCUGCUGCUCAGUGGCCUGGCGCUGCUCUGCGGCCUGGCGGAGAACACGGGCCUGCUGUUGCUCACCUACGUGGCCUCCACCGAGACCUACAGUGUCCAUAAAAACGGCUUCAUCGUGUUCAUCGCCAGCUCUCAGCUGCACAUGCUCAUCACUUGCUGGCUGUGGCAGGUCAUCAAGAGACACUGCAUUCACCCAGAGGAAGUGACGUCGUACCGAUGGAAAUUGCGCAUCUUCAUGUUCAAUAUCAGCUGUUGCAUCGCUGCUGCAUACUUCUUCAUCCGCCACAACAAGUACUGUGAAUCUGGAAUCUACACCCUGUUUGCACUUUGUGAGUACAUGGUGGUCCUCUCCAACAUGGCCUUCCAUAUGACCGCCUUCUUGGACUUUGGGAGCAAGGAGGUGAUGGUGGCCACGCGUCCUGAGGACAAGCGAUACUGAACCGGACAGUGCUCCACCCACCGCCACCCCCACAGUGCCUCAAGAGAACCUUGACGGACACUAACGUCUUGGGCUAGAGCAGGCCAGGGGGACGGCGUUGCAACGGCAGUGGUUCUCGGGGUGACUGGGAGGCUGCUGUCGAUGCGCGAUGAUCAUUGACAUUUCUGAACAUAAGGUUUUUAGUUCUCUACCACGCGCCGUAGUCUGCUUAAGAACAUGCAAAUCUGACCAGAUUCUUUGUGGACGUUCAUGCGUAUACAUUUACCAAAUAGCACAUACAUACAUUUUGUUUGUGACUGCAGAAAUAGACUGUGUUGCGGUAGUGCCUUGCCCGAGGGCUCUAUACACUCGGACUAGUAUUUCCCCAAGGGAAAAUGCUGUCUGAUGAAAUGUGGCAACAAAGGGCUGAUGUGUCAUUUUCAACAGCUGGUUUAAAACCCCCUGCUCAUCAACAGUUUUUUUUUUUAGCUUAAGUGACGGUCUAUCCAGUCGCACAGAGGAAGUAAUAGAGGUUAAUGGAAAGAUGGGAAGCUAAUUUGCUGUCAUGCACAAACUGCUCACACACGGCCAAGCGAGGUCACAUGCUACCCGGCGCUCUCCUGACUGUGCAGGAACGUCACUCGCACCGGCUGUGAACUCAGCACUUCGUUCUCGGUCAGAGCCACGUUCAGACAUUCUGAGAGCAUCGACUGACUGGCCACAGGAUUGGUCAUAACAUUUCAAUGUUCGGCCUUGCCGUGGUCGAAAUUAACGUUAAGCGCACGUGCGCACACAUAAACACACAUUCCACUCUUUUGUAUAGUGGUCAACAUGUUGGAAUGGUGUUAAAGUUGGGCUCCUGAAUAAGUAUCUAUCCAAAGGACGAUGUUAAAUAUUCUAGAUCUUGAAUCAAAUGAUACAUAAUAAAUGCAUAACCAAUAGGGCUGGGUAAAAAUAUCGAUUCAUCAAUGCACUGCAAUUUAUUUGUUGUCGAUUCAAUUUCGAUUCAGAUUUUUUUUUAAUGUAUUAUUUCCAUAAAAACAAAACAAAAAAUACUCAGUCAUUGUAAUCUAGAAGCCAGUAUGUCUAAAUGUACAUGCCCAUUUACAUUUGUCCAUGUCAUGAUAGGCCUGUAUACCUGACAGCAGUAUGAUAGGAGGUGAGCAGCAUGUAAGAAGGUCUGUGUAUUGACUUCAGAUAUGGAUUUGUUCACGUGUUUGUGGGGAACUUCAACAAGUUACUUCAGAUUUAUCUUGAAUAAGCUGUAUCUUCACACAUCAACACAUUCAAAAUGCAAAACAUAACUUCUUUAUUUAAAUGGUACCACCCAUUUAAUUUUCAUCCUCAUGAUUUUGGAACCCAGACUUUGGUUCCAUGAGCCAAACCUUUCAGCUGUACAGUCGUCUGAUUCCACUCUGUCCAUCAGUGGCAUGAAGAGCUGUUGUACCUGUUCUGCUCUGUUCUGCUGCCGUAGGCCUUAUGAAGGCGACUCUCCCUGGUCUGGUUAAGAUGGGGCAUUUUACGCUGCAAGUUUAACUCAGGAACAAUACUAUACAAUGGUGUAUUCCCUUUCUGCUAGUUAAAGGACAAUGAAAUGGUUAAUUCA